AUGGAGCAAGAAGGAAACGCCGGCGUGUCCAAGAUGUUGUCCCCACUGCCCCGGCAGCAACGUGCCGUGGUAGAAGACGCAGCUGGGCAACCUGUCGUCAUCGCAGACGCGCCUGUUCCCGAGCUUCGACCCGACAGCAUCCUUGUCAAGACGGUUGCAGUGGCCAUCAACCCCUGCGACUACAAGCUAGGCACCCUCUGCCCGUCCCGCGGAGCCAUCAUCGGCACUGACUUCGUCGGCGGCGUCAUCCAGAUUGGCUGCGAUGCAGCGCUGCUGCGGCCAGACCUGCGCGAGGGUGACAUCGUCUGUGGACUGAUCCACGGCUCCAACCCCGAUGAACCAGAUAACGGAGCUAUGGCCCAGUAUCUCCGUGCCCACCCUCAGUUGAUCUUUAAGGUUCCCAACGGCAUGGGUACAGCCGAGUCGGCAACUCUAGGGGUCGCAUUGGCAACGUCAGCACUAUCGCUUUGGGGCGCGCUGCGGUUGCCGGGAACGCCGCAAGAGCCUCGCAACGCGAGCAAGACUCCUGCGUACGUGCUCGUGUAUGGUGCUAGCACAGCAAUGGGCACCAUGGCGUUGCAACUACUGAAGCUAUCAGGCUACACGCCCAUCGCCACCUGCUCGCCCAGAAACUUUGACCUCGUCAAGUCCUAUGGAGCGGCCUACGCAUUCGACUACGCCGACGAGGACGCCGCCAUCAAUUCCAUCCGCCUGAUAACAGGAGCGAACGGGCUGGAAUACGCCCUCGACUGCAUCGCAGAUAGCUUUUCGGUCAAGUGCUGCUUCGGCGCCAUGGCCCGCACCGGCGGCCGGUACGUUUCCUUGGAGCAGCUUCCAGAGGAGCUGCGUCCCAAACGGCGAAGCGUGAAACAGGACUUCGUCUUUGCCCUGGACAUUUUCGGAUUGCCCAUCACGGCUUACAAGGGCUAUGAAAGGGACCCCGGUUCCGGCAAGCAUCAGUUUGCCGUCCGUUGGUACCGAAAUUUUCAGCGGCUUCUCGACGAGGGCAAGCUGCGGGCUCACCCCUUGCAGCUUCUCGAAAGCGGACUCGAGGGCGUGGUGACGGGGCUCGACUUGCUUCGGUCGGGAUCAGUGUCAGGUAAAAAGCUGGUAGUGUUUGUUUAG